GAUUGACUAUGACCUAUAGCUAUAACGGACAGUUGCUGGCCUCAUACCCGUUGCCAAUUUCUUCGUCGGGCAACUGUCUCUAUAUAAGGUAAAUCCCGCCAACUAAUUCAUGCACUCGCGAAAUCCGUUAUAAGGAGGGGCUCCCGCCAUGGAUUUAUUCAUCCCCCCGGGUCUUCUCUCAGGUUCCUCUCAGAAUCCCCGUCCUCUGCGUCCUCCCCUGCCUUCCUCCCUAUCAUAUCAUGCGUUCCUCAUCCAAGAAGUCUGCUAUUCAGCCGGACUUGUUCGUUUGCGACUUUGAGGACUGCAAUACACCGUUCGUGCGAAAAAAUGAUCUCAAUCGCCAUCUCCGAGCUCACUACGCAAAGGGUGCUCAUAAAUGUCCACACUGUGACUACAGCUGCGACCAGGCCACUGCUUUGAAGACCCACGUCAACAGUGUGCACCUUGGCCUAAGGCCAUACGCCUGUCCCGACUGUGAAUUCAUGUUUGGUGACAAGGGUUCACUGUGCCGCCACCGCAAGAGGAGGCAUGGGUACGAACCCAAGAAGCGUCGUACGCCGGAGGGCAUUAUUAAGGAGGUGAAAGAGAAGCGGACUCGUCCCUUGUACAUCAAACGGAUGUCGACCUUAAGUGCCACCCAUGUCAUGACAGUCGCCACCACCAUUACCACCCCUUCCCCUACCCCCACUCCUUCGCCUUCGCCCCCUCCUGUCACCCCCUCAAAUUCAUCUGAAGUCGGUGACGAUUCCUGCCAGUUGGACUGGACCAUGGACAUGCCGGUACUCCCGCAGGCCAGAGAUGUUUACCCCGUUGACAUGGCCACCGACGUCGCUCCUACCACUCCGUCCCCAUCCCCUACCCCUUCUCCGCCUCCGGUUACGCCUCCCUCGUCAAACGUCGACAACGACUUCUGGAAGUUGGACUGGAACAUGGACAUGUCAGCCCUCCCGCAAGCCAGAGAGGUUUACCCCGCAGACAGGGCCGAGUUCCCCCUUGAAGGAUUAUUCCCAACAACUACAGAAGCACUAUCGUCACCCUUCACCCUCCUCGAUCCUUUCCAGCCAUCCCAGCCCUCUGCAGAAGCAAGCGGCGCAUUCACGGAGGAAAUUUUUGCGAGCACCUUCGCUGGCAACUACUCUGCCGCCGCCGAUUCGGACCUGGCGGACAUUUGCGCAGAUCUCUUUGGCCCUUCGGUUUCGUCCCCCGGCUCAGAUUCGCUGCAAUUCUCCUCCUUCGAAGAGAUGGGAAGCGACGAUUGCCCGACGUGGAUGGGGCCGUUCGAUUUUGCCUUUGCAUAAACAUCGAUCAGGAUACGUAGCAUCAUGGACAUAAAGAAUUGCAUGGACAUUUUACUAUUCCUCCAGCCGCUUUUCAAUUUCAACUAUCACAAUUGUAUUAUUAUCUUAUUCCAUCAUAUUUGUUGAUCUAGGUUUUGUGAUUGUUUCUGAUCUUGUUCCUUCAAUCAAUUGUAUUGUUCUCUGACCUUGUAUCACGGCGCCGAGAUAAUACUCCGAGGCCCCUUCUGUGUGAUUCAAGCCCU